CGGAGGAGGUGGUGCCACUGGAGGUAACUCCAAAGGCGGUCAGUCCAGGGGAACUAAUUCGGGUAAAGGUAAUUCCGGAAAAGGUAAUACUGGAGGAGGUAACUCGGGACGAGGUAAUCCCGGAGGAAGUAAUUCCGGCGGAGUCAAUUCGACAAGGGGUAAUAAUACCGGACAAAGAGGUGGCUCCUCUUCCUCUAAUACGAACAGGGAGUCCUGCAAUUUCGUUCCGGUUCGUCGUAAGCCCCUCGGCGAUUACAUGCCCCUUGAGGAACCGUCUUCCUCCAGUCGUCCAACUACAUCAUCCUCCUCAAACUUACCCGAUAACCCUCCACCCAUGAGCUAUGCCGCCGCCGUGGAAUCGCAUCCCGUUUCCAGGCUCAAGGUGAAGGUGGUACUAUCUCCACGUGUCAAACGGGUCGGCAAUCAGCCGGUGGUCAAGCGUCCGAGCCCCAAGAGCUCUCCCGUCACCAAGGUCAAAAUGAAUCCUCCGCCGUCGCCGUCACCCUCGCCUCCGCCGCCGCCGCCGGAGCCGCAGUCGAAGCCACACAAUGUCCAGGAGAAUUCAAAGGAGAACACGGUGGCUCCGGUGGAUCCGCAGUCUCGGAUUGUCGAGGAGAGUCCCAUCAAGCCGACCAAUUCAACUCCAUCAGUCGGCAGUUCGAAAUCCCAGUCGAAGAAGAAAGCCAAGAAGGCCAAGCAGAAGCAACUACAGGCAGAGGCUGAAUCUGAAGCGCUUUCCGUUCCACAGGAGCCACCAACGAGUCUCCAGAGUUCCUCGCCCACGGGCUCCGAAGUCAUCGCCUACUUGGACCAUCACCAUGUGCGAAUGCAGCGCUUCCUGGCUGAGCAGACGGCUGGACAGGGACCCUAUCCCAACCGUGGCCACGUGAAGUCCUUCAAACACACUGCCCAACUGCCGACCCAUCGAUCCCUCUUCGAUUUCGAUGAGCGGCUCUUCCAACGCGGUGAUCUGGAGGCCGCCGCCCUUUUGGCCCAGAACAAGGUCAUGCUGCAAAAGUGGCUGGAGCCCAGCAUGUUGAUCUCCUAGGCAGCCCGAGAAUCAAGGACCUUACCCAUGCAAAUUUAUCAGUUAGUUUUUGUGUUUGAAGUUGUUUUGUUGCAUCAAAAUCCUUUUCAAAAUUUCAAGAAAAAUCUCUCUUCGGCAUGCGAGCGCUGUCGACUUGAAAUUGACAGCCCAGAGAGAUUGGAAUUACUUUUGGUUAUACAUAUAUUGGCAAAUAAAGUUAUUUAAUACCAAAA